AUGUCUAACCCCAUGAUUCCCCAGUUCGGUAUCUUAGGACCCUCCAAGAACCCGUAUCCGGGCACCAUCUGCCUGCCCCAAGUUCCGCUUCCAGUGAACGCAUCUGUCCGUGCCGGCGACAAUGCUACAAUCCAGGUUGUCGAGCUGGCCGUCCAUGGCGCCGCUCUGUACUCUUGUGUGGACAUCACGUUUGUCGAGGACAAUGAUCCGCGACUGGCUAAUGUCAACGAGACCAACUGCUUCAAUAGCACUGACAUUGGCUUUUCCGACGUGUACACAAUCACAACCAGGGCCGCUGGAAGCAAUGGAACGACGUCAAAUGCAGUGGCCUCUUUCAUGUUGCGAAGGUCACAGGGUGCACCGUCAGUAUGGACGCACUUUAUUGGCUGGUUACCUGUUCUCGCUGGCGGGCUGUGGCUGCUGAUAUAG